AGUAUAUAUGUUUAUGUUCAGAUAAUGGCUUUAUUAAUAUUUUUGAUGUAAUGACUAGUCAAACAGUGGUUGUUAGAAAUAUUGAAAUUGAAAAUAUCAUAAGUUGUUGCUUCUACAAAAAAAAUUAUAUUAUGAUAGGAACUAGUAGUAACGAAAUAUGGUUGUUUAAUAUUCUACAAUCUGAACAUAAGAGUAAAUUCAAUUGUGAACAACAGAGCAUACAUCUAUUAACAAAUAAAUUUGGAAUGGGUAUUUCAAUUGCUCCUACUUCAAUUGGCUAUUUUAAAUCACAAAGUAUUGUUGAACUACACGAUAACAUAAAGUGCACAUUUGCAAAUAUCACACCUGAGGGUGAUAUUUUGGUGACUGGAAAUACUGAAAGCAUUACGAUCUUUGAAGUGAAAUAUGAUGAAUAUGGAUACAUAGAGAAACUUGAAGUUUUACACUUUAUUGAGGAUUUCUGUGGAGAAGUGUCAUCAGUUGAUAUAUAUCAAAAUAGUCCUUGCAUUUAUCUAUUGGUUACGAUUAAAAAUAAAAAACUUAUAAAAAUUUGGUGCCUUCAACCAGGAGAUUUUAGUACUGAUUACAAUAAGACUUCUCGUAGAUUACCCAUAUUUGACUGCAUUUUCGAUCCCCUACCCAUUACUCCAGAUGGAAAAGAUACAAUGAAAACAUUAUCACAACAAUUAUCAAAUAACAGUUUAGGGAUACAAAAUUUUGGAUUGAAAUUCAGCACAUGUUCUCCAAAUUCACUUCGGCAUAUUAAUGAUAAUUAUCAAUUAGCAGUAGCGGACAGCAGUUGUAAAUUGCAAAUACAACGGGGCCAUAAUAUUUAUUACACAAAUGUGAAUGAACAAUCUUAUAAAAUUAAUUGCAUUUCUAUGUCAGCAUGUGGCUUAUUUAUUGCUUAUGGUCUUGAUAAUGGUUAUAUAUUUGUCUAUCAAACAAAAUUAGACAGUAGUAAAAAGAUUAUUAAGUUACCUGAUUCUGCGUGUUAUUUAGAAUUCAUCAAUGAUUUAACUCUCAUCGCAGCUGGUAGUUCAGGUUCUUUGAUGACUUGGCAGAAAGAAUUUUCAAUAAAACUGCAGGAUAUUAUUGGUGUCCAGGAACCUAAAAUAGAAAAAAGCAUAAAUAUUUAUGCUGAAAAAAUUGUAAAAUGUUUUGCUUAUAAAAAUUAUAUUAUAUCAAUAUCUAGUAAUUGUUCAAUUAAACUCUGGUGUCUGGAAAAUGAGCAUAAAUUAGUAUCAGUUUUGUGGGGCAAUCCCUCUGCAAAAGGUUAUGUGACCUGUGCUGCACUUCAGAAAAACAGUUUAGCUGUAGGAAAUAAUGAUGGAUCUUUGUUAAUUUUUUCUUUGAAGAAUAUAAAGGAGGAUAAUAUAGAAAAUUUCAGGGCUUUGUGCAUACACAAGUAUGAUGUUGAUGUACCCAUAGUUAGCUUGGAUAUAGCACUAGAUCAAAGUGUAAUUGCCUUAGGAUUAGAUAAUGGCGAUAUAAGAUUGUGGUCAACAAUAAAUAGCUCGCAGAUUUGUGUUCUUAAGUUGCAUAAAACUGCUGUACAUCAUCUAUGUUUUGCACAUGAAAUUCCAAUUCAUCACCUCUGAUAUUGCUGAGUACCUCUGAUGUUCUGGCAUGGUGGAAUAUUUCAUAUUGUUUAGAAAAAUAUGUAAAUUCCUCAAAUCAAAAUAAAUAUAAACGAAAGAAAUCUUUAGAUACAAUUAACCAUUUUCGAGAAUUAAAUUUAAAAAAUAUCACUAAUCCUGACAAGUGGAGAAAUAAAAGUGGACCAGAUUGGAGGCCUGAAUUAUUAAUAUGUGUAAAAAUACAAGGCAAGCACGCAUUUAAGGUAAUUUACAAUGAUUUUUUUACUUCUUUUGUUACCGUUGAUGAUUCUGGUCAGUUUUAUUUGAUGAGACUUAAGUGAUUUAAAUAAAUGUAGUAAAUAGUAAUCUAUAGUCAUUUUUUCAACUCCUAUUACUUUUUAUUUA